AGCGCCAGCUCGCCCACUUUAAACUAUCAAGUGUCUCUGGGGGCUCCUGCAGCAUGAUCACAGGCCUCGAAGAGUACCUUCGGGUGCACCAGCUCCUGCACACGCUCCCUCUGAGCUCCCUCAAAGAUACGAGGCUGGGCAUCGACCUCAACCUCUACCUCAAGACGUUGCUACAGUCGCCCUCAACGUCGGAACCAUUGGUGACUGCUCUUGGUGGCUCUCCGCUUGCGCUCAUCUCGCACAUCGAAAACGAUCUUCGGACACUCGAGCGGGCCCGUAUCAAGCCAGUCUUCGUCCUGGGGGGUCUCCAGCUCGCAAGGCGCACGCGUCCUUUCAGCUUUGAAGAUCCCAGAGUCGAGGAGCGCAGAAAAGCAUGGGAGAGCUAUGAGCAAAGCGAUACGGACGGGGCCCACGUUCACUUCAGCAGGAGUAACUCGACCCAGGUCGGCGACCUUGUCCGGGCGGUGCUCCGAGCAUUUCGACACCGGAACGUCGAGUUCCUGGUGGCCCCCUACCUCGCUGAAGGACAGCUCGUCUCACUCGAGCGGCAUUCAAAGUCGUACAUCCACUCCAUCUACAGCUCCUCGGACGUCUUCCUCUUUGAUCGCGUGGACAAGGUCAUCCUUUCCCUCGACCUGCAAGGAUCAACUAAUGCCCUACCAAACGGCUCUUCUAAUGGUGGAUCAUCGACGGGAUCAUUCACAUAUGCAUCAAAGGCGGAGAUCAUGGGACACCUAAGAUGCAACGAGGAGGAGUUUCUCGACAUGGGCCUUCUUCUUGGAUGGGAACACUGCCCUACCUUCCCUCCUCUCGUCGACGGUACCAUUCCCAACGCGAAUCCUCCCCUGACGCCACUUCCUCGGGUCGGACAUCAGGUUUCACUGUCUCCUGAGCCAUUACCAGAUCCGCGUCAGGCUCUCGACGUCGUCCGACAAUAUCGAUCCGGAUACACCGCCUGCACCGCGUUGGCAGACCAUGUUGUGUGUGCAAAGCUCGGUUACGUUGAUGCCUUCUGCCGAGCUCGGUGCAUGAUCAAAUUCUGCCUCGUCACCAGUGCAGAAGAGGGUCGCGUUCUGCCACUGCCCCGCUCGACGCCACCCCCGCCCUUUGUCGCUGGCGGCGUGUCGACUGCAUCAUCAACAGCUGCAGCACCUGCUGCCACGGUUGCCCCCGGUGUCAACGGCACCACGCCGCCAUCGAUCCCUAAUUCAUCGGCUACCUCGGGUGGCGCUCCAAUACUGACGAAUGCAGACGUACCGGUGGACUUGCACGAGAUCUUCAGUCACCGACUGCCUGACGAGGUCUUCCUCCAUCUCUCGCGCGGCCUGUUGGGCAGCGCUGUUCUCAACUGGCUCACAUCAGGGUCUAUCAUUGAGACAGCGCCACUUGACGAGGGCGACACCGAGGUAUGGAGGAACUUCAUGCGCAACGUCAUUACCGAAUCACCGCAAUCUCCUCGAUGCAUUGCCCUGGCCCUGAUGGGAAGCAGUCUCAAUGGCUUCUGGUCCUCUCGGAAAGUGUUUGCCUACUACCACUUCGAUCCGCCGAAUGGCGCCCCACACAACGUCCCUCACGACCAGCCAACAACCUUGAAUCUUAUCAAGCGCAUUGAUAACUGGAACGUUAGUGUUGCGUUUGUCGAGGAGGAGCUUCGACGACAGAACAGCAGCACUAUUGACAUAGCGCUGUGUCUUGGUGCAACGGGUCGCGGCGACCUGGCUGAGCGGACCAAGACGUCGCGACCUAAGAAGGUCACGCCCUCCAAUGCGGCAAAGGAGAAGGACGCAAAAACAUCAGCAGGCUCUGGAGCUGCUGGAGCGGGCGCUGGUGGCCCUGGAGGAGGUCUGGAGAAAAAAGACGAGGUGGUCGCAAAUGUCAUCUGGAGGAUGCUGGAGCUCCGCGGGUUCCUCAACCAUGACCAUCUCCACACUCCCUACGCACGGUCACUGCAUUUGGCCCUCAAAUCUGCUCGACUCAACGACAAAUUGCAGGAGCCGCUGUAUCUCGCUCUCGAGCUGAUCAGGGCUGGUAUCCUUCACGGCGAGGGCUAUUCGGGGCGUACAAAAUCUGGUGGCCCAACAUGGGGUGACCUCGACGCAGCAUCUGACUCCGAAGAGAAGGCAAUAAUCGUCGACUCACGGAGACACUUGCUCCUAAUCAUGCGCACGCUCUGCCUCCUCCCCCUUACUUACCGGCCCCUCGCAUGGAGUGCUCCCUUGUCACGCGAGCUCCUGCAGUUCAAUGCCUUCAGCCGAGCCCUGACACGAUCGCUCCGGACGCUGGUUGAAGCCAUCGCAUCCUCGAUGCUGCUGCGUGGAGACGCUAAGCGGGCUCGUGACGAUUAUCUCGACAUCAGUCUCAGCUUGCCGUUCCAGUCGGACAGCAGCACCGGUCUGGGCAUCGUGCUGAAGUGCUACCUCGAGGCGCUCCUUACUUUCAACGGCGGGCCCGUGAGCGUAGGACAUGAGGCCGACGAGGACGUCGUCGAAGCGAAAGAAGCCGUUGUCUCGAUGAUUGAGCAGACGUUCUCAAACAUCAAGGAUAUUCGAGGAGAGAUUGCGAGGGGUUUCCGCUUCUGGAAAGCCGUCGUAAAGGCGGUGGAAGUCCUCAGGGAUGAGAAGAGCGUGUCACUCGACAUCGUUGAUCAAUUCUUGAAGGCCGAUGCAUGGGUCACGCCGAUGGUAUUUUAGCUUCCUGUCCAUCUUCAAAUCUCAUCACCAUCAACAACAACAACAACAACAUUAUUAUCAUCAUCACAGCUGCGAUUAAAGGGCGGCAGAAAUGCUAUCGUCAUCGCACAUUCCGGAAGCCCAUGCUGAACCUCUUGCGGUCCUGUCCACUUCGACAUUAAAGAUUCGCCCGCAAGCGAGAGAUUAAAUUAGUCCCUGGUGACUGACGUUACAAUUACAGAGAAGGGGAGGAACCAAUCGGUGUUCAACG